AAGUAAAGUCCAGUCAAAAGUCAACUCAACUCAAGUUAAAAGUCAAGUCAAGUUAAAAGUCAAGUCAAACACAACCCAAAAUUAUGCCUGUUGGGCCUAAAAAAAAUCACAAAAUAAUAGUGUUAAUGACUGAAUGAAUCUGAAUGACCCAAAUGUGUCCAGUCCAUAAUAAAAAUCACAAAAACUGAGUGUGAAUGACCCACGUCUUCAAUUCAAGCUAAUUCAAUUGAAUUCGGUCCAAGUCAAGUCAAGUCAACUCGAGUCAAAAGUCAAGUCCAGUCAAAAGUUAAGUCCAGUCAAAAGUCAAGUCAUUUCAAGUCAAUUCAAUUCGGGUCAAGUCAAGUCAACUCGAGGCAAAAGUCAAGUCAAGUCAAUUAAAGUCAAGUCAAGUCAAGUCAACUCCUGUCAACUCCUGUCGAAAGUAAAGUCCGGUCAAAGAUCAAGUCAACUUAAGUCAAAAGUCAAGUCAACUCCAGUCAAAGUAAAAUCCAGUCAAAAGUCAACUCAAGUCAAAAGUCAAGUCAAGUCAACUCCUGUCAAAAGUAAAGUCCAGUCAAAAGUCAAUUCAAGUCAAGUCAAUUCAAUUCAAGUCAAGUCAACUCAAGUCAACUCAAGUCAACUCCUGUCAACUCCUGUCAAAAGUAAAGUCCAGUCAAAGAUCAAGUCAACUCAAGUCAACCUAAGUCAAGUCAAGUUAAAUGUCACACAACACAUCACAAAAUUAUGCCAGUUGGGCCUUAAAAAAUCACAAAAUAAUAGUGUGAAUGACUGAAUGAAUCUGAAUGACCCACAUGUGUGCAGUGUGUUUGGCUAGAGAGAGAGAAAGAGAGAGAGCGGUGUUGUGAUGACAGCAGCUGAUCCCGUCUGAAUCCUCUUGGCUCGUGCCCUGUCGGUGCCCGCUGUGCCCACACUGGCAGCAGCUCCGGCUGGUGUCCACAGGGCGACUCCUGCCAACUCUCGGCCUAUUGAGAUUCAGUCUGACGGACACAAAUGCGAGCGACAGACUUGCUGCAUCAACAGCAAUCGACGGCCGGCCCAUUUCUGCUGCUGUGGACGGAAUUAAACCAUAAAUACCCCCCAGGUCCCGUUCACUCGCCCGGCACACCCUCACCUCCAGACACACUCACACAACACACACACACACAACACACACACAAUCGAGUGGACGGAGAACUGCUGAAGCUGGAGACGGCAAAAAAGAAAGGUGGAGAGAUGUCGGAUCAGCAGGGAGUCCCAGAUCAGCAAGUGGCUGGGAAAAGCCAAGGAGGAGCAGGAGCGAUCUACAAGGUCUCACUGUAUGAAUUCGAGAACUUCCGUGGGAAAAAGCUGGAGCUGUCAGCAGAAAGCAAGGACUUGAUUGAGAAGAACUUGGAGAAAGUGGGAUCAAUCAUCGUUGAGUCCGGCCCAUGGGUGGGCUUUGAGCAGAAGGGCUUUUUGGGAGAGCAGUUUGUCCUGGAGAAGGGAGAAUAUCCUCGCUGGAGCACCUGGACCAACAGCCAGAACAGCUUCUGCCUGCUGUCCAUCAGACCCCUGCGCGUGGACAGCGCCGACCACAAACUACAUCUGUUCGAGAACUGCAGCUUCGCCGGGAGAAAGAUGGAAAUCGUGGACGAUGACAUUCCCAGUUUGUGGGUUCAUGGCUUCCAGGAUCGCGUGGCCAGUGCGAAAGCUGUUAACGGAACAUGGGUGGGCUACAUGUACCCUGGCUACCGCGGCCGGCAGUUUGUGUUUGAACAUGGCGACUACAAACACUGGAACGACUGGGGAGCCACAGAACCACAGCUGCAGUCCGUCCGGCGUGUGCGAGACAUGCAGUGGCACAAACGGGGCUGUUUCACCGUCCCCGUCCCCGACCCGGCUCCCAAACCCAACCCAAACCCCAACCCCAAUCCAAACCCCAAUCCAAACCCAAACCCCAAUCCCAAUCCUGCGCCCAAUCCAGCCCCAGCUCCCGCUCCCCCUGCCCCAUCCGCCACGGCUGCCAGCAGCUGAAUAGCUAAUAAUAAUGAUAAUCCCAUGACCCUGCACCUGCUCAGAGGGCCACGAAGAAAGCUGGAAAGCAAAAGUGACUGCCUUGAUUCUUGUGUGUCUAUCAUUGGAAAUAAAGGCCUCGGCCCUGGUUUGAUCUCUGA